CAAAACAUUGUUUCGUCUGUGCAAGAAACUUCCAAAAUGGCGGCGCCCAUCUCGAUGAGUAUUUCUGUAGCACUAUUAAGCAUUAUUAUACUAGGCUUUUACGAUUUUCUUACAAAUUUUGAAAAUAAUGGAUGUGAGAUGACGUACAUGUAUGAAUAUCCAGACUACCGGGUGAGUAUUAUUACAUUCAAUUUCAAUUGUUUGAUAUUCUUUAUCAUUGCUACUAAUUUAUAAAUAAUAAAUUUGAUUUUGAUCAUUAUUAUUCAAAAUCAUUGAUGAUUGAUUUGAAUUUGAAUGAGUCGACACCGAGGAUGAGUGUGGGCACGAUGGACAUGGGAUAUGGGAAAACCUGGGGGGAAAAAUACGCAACAAAAAAUCUAAUUGACUAAUUGGGUUGGCCUCCAAGUGUCCACAAGAAGCUCUCUUCAGCGAACAAACAACAACGACAACAGUAACUUUCAGUAAAACCAAUAUAAAAAAUUUGGUAAAAUGCAAAGAAGCCAUGACAUAUCACUCGGCCACCACCUUGGUUGCUAUGAGCCCUGAACUUUUAUGGGUUAAUGGGUCGUGGCAACCAAGAUGGCGGCUGUGUAAAAAUAAAAUAACUCGCGUCUACUAAAAUUAGGAAUAAAACCUUAAAAUUUAAUGAAAAAAACUGUCAGUGUCAGCUGCUACAUAAAUUUUGUGGUGAACAUAGCUACUUUAUAGUAUCCGUCUAGAUAUUUGGCAAGAACCGGCGACGACCUCCUCAUGUAAUUCAGCCGGUACACACUACAGUACACAAAAUAUUUCACUGUCACUAAACCUAACCUGAACCUGAACCCUAAAUGUAUCCCUAAACCUAACCUGAACCCUAAAUCUAUCCCGAACCAUAAAUCUAUCCCUAAACCAAACCCUGAAACUAGCCUAAAGCCUCAAGUAUAAAACAUGUGUGCGGCUGCCAUUACACACUGGGACAAGAAAACUAAAAAAUUGAAGAAAAACAAUAAAAAUAAUUGCAAACUAAAUAAAUAAUGAAAAACCAUCUAACAUUUUCAUAGAAUACACUUUUACACACUUUAUUUCAGGUUCCACCGAAAAGAAUAUCCAGAAGAUGAAUAAAAUAAAAUGCAGUCAAUGCCAAAUCCAUUUUCAAAUGUGGAGGAAAAAUUAAAAUAUUAUAAUUACCCAACCAAUGAAAUUUUAAAACUAUAAUUAAUCAACUAAUAAAUUUUUAAUACAAAACAAGCCAUCGUCAUAUUAAGAAAAAUUUAACUCUAGGAACAAAAAACAAGGGAAGUGAAUCAAAAACAGAAACUUAACAAAAACAUGUAAAUGUCGUCAAGGCACGACUCCUUUGCAUUGACCAAAAAUUUAGAUAAACACUUAGCUACAAUGUAGUGUCUGAGAGGACAGAAAGAUGAAUUUAAUACUAUAGACCGUUAGUUUUUUGAGUAAGUACUAAUUAGCAGGUAAGAGAAUUAAUAUAAUAGAGGCAACAUCAUGCACACUAUUUCGUAGAUCUUCAGUACAUCUGUCAGAGAGGCACCAUCUAGUCUCCCCCAGAUAUGCCAUAUGGCAGCAGGUGCAAACAAAGACAACAUUGCAGCAAGUGCAAAGGGAACUGUCCCUUAUCUGAAAAGGACCCUUAGGGAAAGGAAUGUUUAGUGUUGAGUCUGGAUGACAAAAGGGCAAGUUUUGCAAUGGCUGCGUCCACAUGGCAUGGUCCCAAACUGUGAGGGGGAGCAUGGAUAUGGCUAUACAAAAUAAAAAAGAGAUCUCAUAGAUUCUUAUCUCUUCUUAUUUUCUUCUUCCGCCCCCUCCUUGUCAUAACCAAUCGCCAUGGAUUUAGCUUUCCUCACUUCCAUAUCCUAUUGCCUAUAUUAACUCUCUUACCUACUUAUGGUCUAUUGCAUUCCUCUUGCUGUCCUCUUGGAUCCUAAAACUGCAGCUAAGUUGUUGUUUUUUUAUUUUGGUUUCACUGUUGUAUGUUUGCUGAAGAAGGCUUCUUGCCAACAUGUUUUUUGUUUUUUGCAUCCUUUUUUCAAGUUUUCCCAUGACUUUGUUUCACUUAUGUCAUUCUACCCACCCUGAUUGCAAGUCUUUCUCCCUUAUUAACUGAAUUCACUGGCUGUAAUGAAUAAUUUGAUUGUGAAGUGUGAAUAGUAUUUAUUAGUACUGUGUAUUAUAGACAAGACUAUAGUCUAUUAUGUCUAUGGAAGCUCGAUUUAAGUCUAGUGUCACUUAAGUUUCUAGUGACUACUACAGUGAAGUCAGCCUUUGAUAACUGUUAAAGUGUAAGUAGUGGUAAUGUGUUUGUAUAAGUUAGUGUAGUGACUAUAGGACUGUAGUGUAACUCAGUUAAGAAAUGAGUUAAGGACAAAGUAAAAGUGUGAUGUCACUGAUAAGACUGAUGUGUCUCAGUAAUCAGGAGGCCAAUCUCAAUGUCACCAUUUCAAUCCAGAAUAAGAUUUGUAAAAAAAAACUUAAGAAAUUUGGAAUCUUAAGUCCUAUACUCUAAGUCUUCAUAAUUUUCAAGUCUUAGUAGUGAGUUAGCCCAUCACUGUGUGCAGUAGCCCAAGGCCAAACCCAUUUAUUAUUUGCUAGUGAUUACUAGUAAAAAAAAAAGAUGAUCUAAAUGCUAUAACAACAAGAAGUAAUUUGUUCAACUUUAACACUAUCUUUAUUAUCAUCAAGCAAUAAUGUGAACCAUGUAAAUAUUGUGUAUUUCACUUUUUCAGAAGAUAGAUAUCUCUGAAUCAGAAAAACAGUACCCAUUUUAUGGGCUCUACAUCUAUGGAGAGGGGUAAGCUAAAAGUAAAUAAAAUAUCAAAUACAAAUUUUUGUUAAUAUUUACAUUUAAUUUGUAAAACAAAAUUAACACUUAUGCCUAAAUGUUUUCAUUUAAUUUUUAUUUACAGGCAUUAUGCAAGCCAGAUAAGGUAAAAAAUUAAUCAGCUUACUUAAUGUAAGUAAUUUAUAAAUAUAGAUAAGUAAAAGGUUUUUAUAACUUUGUUUUUAUAACAUGUUUUUACAUUGGUCAUUAACGGACAGCACUUUGUGAGCUAUUUUGACCAAUACUUAAGUAACCAAACUUAUUACAUUUCUAGGAAUCUUAAACUCAAUGGCAUUCCAGUCCUGUUUAUCCCUGGAAAUGCUGGCAGUUAUAAACAAGGUGAGAAAUCAAGAGGUUUCUCUGAGAGUACACUGAGAUUUGAGAAUCUUUUUAACUGGAUCAACAUCAAGGAACAAAUGUAAAAUACAUCAUAUAAUUAUUAUAACAAAACCCUUGCCAUUAAAAUAAAAUCAUCACAGGUAUGUUGGUGAGAUGUAAAACUCAAGAGUAUUCAGCAUGGCUUUGAUCAUGUUUACAAUUUCUAUGAAUUAUAAAUUUAACGUCUCCUCAUUUCAAUUGAAACUUCAUCAUAAUUUUAUUCAAGAAAAUCUGCCAUUAAAGUUUUUGUUAUUUAAAUGCUUAUAAAUAAUAGAGAUAAAUUAGCAAAAGAACUUAACUCUUCAUUUCUUUUAUUCUAAGUGCGCUCGUUAGGAUCUGUCGCUCUCAGGAUGGCUGAAAAAUCAAAUACAAAAGCACAUUUUAAUUAUUUUGCCGUGGAUUUCAAUGAAGUGAGUUUAAAAUAAUUGUUAAUGAGUAUAUUAAUAAACAAGAAGUAGAUUCAUCUUUCAAGUUCAAGUAAUUUAAUAUUUAAGUUGGAACAUAAUGCUUAUCUUAAUCAAAACAUCAUGAUAUUGUGGUGCAGACUUAUUGAAUAUUAUUGAUACUUUUUCCUCUUCUUAAUCCUUCUUCUCAAUAGGAGCUGUCAGGGUUAUAUGGUGGUGUUUUAACAAAGCAGACAGGUAAAUAUGGAUUAUGUAACCCAAGUCAUUAAUUAUUUAAUUUGAAUUUGGUAAUUACAUUUUCAGUCUCCUAAAUUGUUUUGUAAUAAAUCAUUCAAUCUUCAUAGUGAAACAGAACAUAGUGAAAAUAUAUAUCUAUAACCUCAUCCAACCUUGUCUCAUGGCCAUCAAAUGUUUCAGAGUUUGUUCAUAUCUGCCUCAAGAAAAUACUGUCACUCUAUAAACAUGGCUCUCAUCAACCCACAUCUGUUGUUUUGGUUGGACAUUCCAUGGUAAGUGAGCUACGUACAGUCAUUAUUAUUAACAAUAACAAACAUUCUGUAAUUUUUUAUUAUAAAUUCUAGUGACAAUAUUUUAAUGAUAUUUUGAUUCAUCUAUUUGUAGUUAAUAUCACCCUUUUUGCACAUAUUUUUCACAUAAGAAAAGUUUUGAAUAACCUUGAAGUGAAUUUGAUUAAUAGUUGUAAAGAAUUGAUUUCUAACAGGGAGGUCUUAUAGCAAGAGCUUUGUUUACAAUACCAGACUUUGAUAAAUCUCAAGUAAACACUAUCAUCACCCAAGCAACUCCCCAUCAGAGGCCUGGUCAGUGCAAUUUUUAAACUUUAAUUCUAAACAGAGAAAUAGUGAUUUUAAGUAAAUUUCAGCAUGCAUACCAAAAAAUGGUGAUGCCUAAUUUUCCUUAAUUGAAGUAUGGUAUGAAGUGCAGAAUACCUCAAGAUUAAAACAGUAAUCACACACUUUGAAAACAAUCCAUAGCAAAGGGUCUAAACCCAUAUUUUUUUAAACAGUCUAAGGAACAAUUUUUUAAGCUAAUUAAAAGGAAUGUAAGAGUUCAGUAAAAAUUAACACAUUUACAGUUGCUGCCCUUGAUGUACAUCUGCAACAGUUCUAUAAAAACGUUAAUCAAUACUGGCGAGAUAACAUGGCUACAGUCCUGCACCAUGUAACAGUGGUCAGUACAGGGGGUGGUUACAGGGACAUUCAAGUACGCCACGGACUGACGACAUUGGAUGGGGUAAGAUCUAUCAACAGGAUAAGCUAUUCAUGUUUUGAUGUGGCUGACUUUUUUUAAAAACUGCAACUUUGAGUAAAAGCUAACCUAGAGUUUUUGUAAAUUUUCAACAAAAUAUCAGUUUUAUCUUUGAAUAUCAAUUUUUUUUUUUUAUAUUUAAAUUGGAGGAAUAGUCGCAAUUUGAAAAUAAAUGAUGAACUUAAGUGGACUAUACAGAAAUGAUUAAAACUGAUACUGAAGUGCAACAUACUCAUUUUUGCAUUUAGUAUACAAUGCGUUCUAUUGCGUCUUUCAUAGUCUCAAUUAUAAAAUUUUAUUUUCAUGCCCAGUUUUUUUUUUUAUAGCUUGUUUCACCUGGCAGGGCAGUCAGUGUAGCUGUAAGUUGAUUUUAAAAUAUUUAUUUUUGUUUUUAGUGACAUAUUUGUAAUAUUGUUAACAUUUUUUAGAAUGAAAUAUCUUUUACAAGUUCAUUAAUUGAAAAUAAAGUGAUUUUAAAAAUAAAGGAGCAAAUAUUCUCAUUAGCUAACUCUAAAGAUAUUUUUUGUUGGUUUUAAUAAAAAGAAAACUAUUUUAAGUUACAGAAUGAAUUUUUUUACUCAUAUUUUGUAUUUCUGUAGACUACGUCCACUCCAAAGGCCUGGGUCUCAACAGAUCACUUGUGUGCUGUUUGGUUUGUAGCUUCAUUUCUGAACUUUAUUUCUGCUUUACUUUGUAAUUUCCCUUAGUGACAGUUUGUCUUGUUUAGCUUUUCUAGUUAUUGGGAACAAUAUAUAGAAUAUAUUGUUAAAUUUUUCAUCCAACCCAAGGUUUAAUUAAAAAUGCACAAAACGCAUGGCAAGACUGAAGUUCAAACAAAAAAACAAAAACUGACUAGAUUUAUAAAAGUUGUCAAAUUAUGUCUAAAAAUGUAGAUGUUUGUAUCUUUCAGGUGUCGUCAGAUGGUGCUUGUGACGAAAAGGGCCAUGUUUGAUCUAAUAGAUAAGAAAACAAAUCAGGUAAAUUCAAACAUAAAAGAAUUAUUUACAAAAAUAAAUGAUAUCACAAGCACAAAAGAGUGCUAUUUAACCUUCCAGAUGUCCUGUAAAACAUUAUGUUAGAGAUGGUAAUACCCUGGGGAAACUUGUAUCAUUAUAUUAUACCUUACAGAUUUCACUAGAUCCAGAGCUGAGGAUGCAGGUCUUCAGACAUCAUUUUGUAUCCAAUAACGGUUUGACUAACUAUCUAACAUAUGAUGAAAACAAAUCCAUAUCCCUUGACCCCAAGGUCAAGCUGGAGUUUAAGGAUGAAAGAUUAUGGAUGUAUACAUCAAGAAAGGUUUGUUCAAACCAUUUUUUAAAUUAAUGCCUCAGUAACAAAACAAAAAAACUCCACAGAAAAACACUUUUCUUUUAAAAAACUUUAUUUAAGUCACAGAUAACCAUUAAAUAAAAUACAAAAUUAUUUCAUAUCUGUGUCACCCAGGAAUUAUUUAAUUUUCAGGUGGCCACAACAAAAUAUUUGGCCCUGCCUUUUCCUUUGGAUUCAGGAAGGGAUUCUGUUUUUAUCAUGAGUAAUCUGGUAUGUUGUGUGGCCAAAAUUGUUUUUUUUUUUAAAUAGGGUUCAACUCACUUAUUUUGUUGAUACAAAUCUAAAUAGAAAUAAUACAUUUUAAUUAUAGGAUGUCUGGCACAAACUAUAAUUGUACUGUCCUCUUAUUUGUCUCUCUUAGACCAACCCUGAUUGGGUGUGUUUUUGCCAUAUUCCUGAAGGGCAGGACAGCUGGUAUGUUUAAUUCGCAUUAUCUUGUUUGGGAAAGCUCAUACAUUUCCAUUGCUGCAUCUAUUCUAUUCUUUCAUUACUUUUAUUGUUAACCUAUUUGUAAUGAUGGCAUUGUGACAUUUAUUAGCACACUUGGCAACACAUACGCAGGUACACCAUUGGUCUACAAACUUUUAAUGUCUUUUUUGGCUGCUUUUAAUUCACUAAAUUUAACUUACAAAUUUCAUGAAGAUAUCUUUUACAAAGUUGUUGAUGUUUCUGUAAAUAAAUUAUUCUAGUAAAUGGUGCUGCUAUGAAAGCUGUUAUCUUAUUGCUUGAUCUACUACUUAGAAGAAAAUUUUUGACGUCUAAUCUUCUCUUCUCUCGUACAAUCAGCACAUCCUGCACAAGCUUGACUUCCCGGUCCCGUAUGCUGCCACCAACUUAUUCCAACACAAAGGUAAAUUGAGAAUACAUUUCAGCAUUUAAAAGUUUCUUUAAGAAUUAAAUUGUUCAGUCCGUUUCAGAAGCUGAAGAGAACAUUUCUUUUAAAAAAGAUGGCAUGUCAUUAAAGCGCUAAACAUGUCGUCUGUUCAGUCUGGGAAAAUGACCUAACGGCAGCUUUUGUUUUAGGGAGGUUUUUUUUGUGUACUUUACUUCGAUACAUUAGACAUGCUCCAGCCACCAUUGCAAAGUAUGACAUCAUCGGAGUCUUCCCAGGUGUCCAUCCCCUUUUCAUGCCAUGGUAUUGACUGAGGUCUGAAGUAGUCUUUUUAGAGAUUUGUUGUUUAUACCAUUUUGACGGAAGCAUUUAGUGUUCAUCAGUUCUUGCUCGUAUCUAUCCUUCAAGUGAUACUGUAAUAAAAUGUAUAGCCCAGAUGACUAUAGCCAGUACCAAAAUAGAAUAUAACCACUCAAUCUUGUUUCAGGUUGUUGGGAGUCACUUUUUUUGUAAAAUAAGUUACUUUGCUCAUGAACGGUCAUGUUAUUUGGGCUUCUUAAAAUUAGAUUUGAAAUAAAGGGGGCAGUAAAUCAGGGCCAGUAUUGGAAUAAAGUGGGUAGUAAAUUAGCCAGUAAUGAAAUAAAGUGGGUAGUAAAUCCGGAUCAGUAAUGAAAUAAAGGAGGUAGUUAAUCGGCCAGUAGUGAAAUAAAGUGAGUAGUAAACCAGGGCCAGUGAUGAAAUAAAGGGGGUAGAAAAUCAGGGCCAGGAAUGAAAUAAAUAGGGUAUAAAAUCAGGACCAAUAAUGAUAACAUUUUAAAUAAAGGGUGAUAAAUAAUAGAAGUAAAUUAAAGGAUGGGAAACUGUUACAGAUUUCUAAACAAAAUGACAAAGUUCACAAAGGUUGUUUGAUUUUCAAGUCAUAUGAUUUUUUUUGUCUUCUCCCAUUCUCCCAAGUAUGUGAGAGUGACUAAAAAAGACGUCGAGGUUGGCAACGGGACACAUAUUCUCAUUCUGCUUGCAGCUGGAGAGAAAAUGGUGAGUAAUGCCUGUAAAUACUUCAUUCACUUGGCACAAGCAACAAGGGGCUCUUCAUGGAUAUUAAAUUUGCAUCAACAGAUUUUUAACAAAGUUGUUGAAUCUUGUUGCUACGGUAAUCAAAAAUGUAUAACAAAAUAAUAUUUUUAUCAAUAUGAAUUCAUUAAGAUUAUUGUUUUUGUAGUUUUAUUUUUGCAUCCCCAUAAACUGUAAAAUACAAAAGAAAAUUGAUCAAUGCACAUGAUAUGUCCCUUUAAUUGAAUUUAUCCAAGUAACAAUGUCUAUAAGAUAAUUUUUGAUUCACGAACAUCAUAUAAGCCGUAAAGCAUGAAAGAACAUAUGUUGUAAAAGCUUUUAAUGACAAAUUCCUAAUUGUUGAAACUAAUGAUGAUUUUUCUAUCAAAAUCCGCCUCAGGUUAGCCUAACUGUUGAUCAUUAUGACAGCGAUGAGCGCCACCUGGUGUACCAGAUGCCUAACACCUAUGACACAAUCAUCUCCUACCCCAUCUCUGCCACAGAUGGCGCCGCUCUCUUGAAGAUAGCUAAUGCCUCAAGUUUCUACAGCCUCCAUCUGGCUGGGCUCUCACUCCCAACCAACACUUACAAAGCUAUUGUCACUCCGCAUAGCUGUCGCAGGCACAGUGCUGGUGGGUCUGGAUUUUUUGGGAAAUCAAUUUUCUACGAGAUUGAUGCGCUCACGCACAAUUUGAUUAAGAAAAUUGGAGGGAAAAAGAAAAAAAAGUUGUAUUUUAAUAUGAACUCUUAAGUUUCACAAGUUUAAUUUUCAACAGUACGCUAUCAUAUUUCAUGUUCAUUUUUAUCUUCUGCAGAGCCAUAUGAAGGAGGUGUGUUACGUUUGAACAUUCCCUGGAGUAAUGAAGAUAUUUACACACAAGCAAGGUAACCACAAUCACAAUUAGUCAUACUGAUUUUUCAAGCAAUAUCAAAUAAACCCAAAUAAAUAUUAUCUGUGAAGUAUUUUUUUUUCUUCUUGGCAUCCACCUUUCACAAUGUGACGAUGGUGUAGACUUUACAGGAGAAAUCCCAAGGCCUGUGAAGUAUUGAGAGGUUUGAAAUAGGGUUGAAUAACCAUCAGUAGAUUUCAAAAUAAUCAACAAGUAACUUUAAGUCUUAUUCUUUUGGGUCCAACCAUUAUUUAUGGUUUUUUUAUCUUUACUUUCCUUGUUUUGUUUUGUUAACUCUAUUGGGAAUAAUUGAUAAAGUCAUUGUACUGGACUUUAUUUAUUUUUUUGUAGAUCAUUCUUUAUGAAGCUUUUUUUUUUUUUUUUUUUUUUUUUUUUUUUUUUUUUUUUUUUUUUUUUUUUUUUGUUUUUUUUUUUUUUGUUUUUUUUUUGCAUCAUAUGAGGGAGAGGUGGGUGGUCAUAAAAAAUAUAGAUAGAUCAAUGGACAACUUCAGUAAUGAGAACAUACCCAAGUUCAGAGGCAAAAUGUAUUGGGUAUUAGGAUAUGUUAAUGGUGUCUGAUAAUUGACACUGUCUAUUGAUCUUCUCCUCAAGCUAUGGGAAAGAAUUGAGCCUUGCCAUCAAACUUCAGACCGGUCGACCAGGUGACUAUGACUGGAGACAGGAUGCCUCGGAGCCACAUCUUGAGAUGUUCUUGCACCCUUACUGCCACUACAGACUUCGACUGGUCAUUGCCACUCAGGAUGCAUUAGGGCAGGUAUGGAAAUUUUCACAUUAGACAUCUGCUGAAUGGCCCUUUCCCAUAAUGGUCUCAUUUAAGAACAAUUUUUCCUCUAUCAUGUCUGAUGUCAUAUUUGUCUCAACGUUGUGGUUCUUAUAACCUGUGAAACUAUGAGACAUUUCCGACAUUGCAAAAUAAUCUUGAUUGGCUCAACAGUACAUUACAUUUCUUACUUAGUGAUGUCAAAUUAUAUUUUGAUACAAAAAUUUACCCCUAGGUAAAAAAUAUCCAUUUUAAUUUAUUGCAAAAUUUUCCUAACAUUAUACAAAAGGUGUUAUUUGAGAUCCAUCAUAAGCCAAUAAGAGUCUGUUUGUUUUCUAAUGGAGCAACAUUAUUUAAAUUAUUGUUCCCUACUUUUUAAUUUUGAUGCAAAUAAUUUACAAUCCAUAUUGUAAUAAUACUUGUAACUGAUGUUCAAUACCACCAAUCAUCAUUUUCAGUGUUAGUGGCGAAAGCUAAGAAAUUCAUGCAUGGCUUAACCUUGGCAUAAUUUGUAGAUCACUACAAUAAUAUUUUUGAAAAAGAAUUUCUUACACAGAAUGAACAGGUAUUUAUGCCAUGGUCUUAACAAGCUGGUUUCUUUCUCAGGCUGUUAGAUUCUAUGCCCUGCUGUUGCCUGGUUACCUUGUGGCUGUGUUGUUGAUGGCUGUGAGAGGUGUUGUGCUAACACAGGGCAAAGGUCAAGGUCAGGGCUUAUUUCUUGCGUUUAAAUUUUUAAAAAUCUAUUGAUUUGCAAGUGAGACCCACGUUUAGAGAGUGUUCCUUUAUAUCUUGUUCAGUUCAUUAUACGAUAAAUUUAACAAUAUCACUUAGAACUACACAAUGUUCUACACAACGCUAGCGCACAGAUUAUUUAUCAACUUACUAUAUACUUAGCUCACCAUCAAUAUUUGGAGAAUUUUAUUUGGAUUAGUUGCUAUCAAUAUACACAUCGUCCACACUUUUCUCUUUUUCUUUAUUGAUCAAUAAAGAUGGAUUUAUUCACGCAGACUUUUUAAAACGAAUGGUAGCAAAAUGAAAUAAAAGAACAGUUGAGUCAUCAAAUAAAACAGCAGUAAGAUUUAACCCUUGGAAACUUGUGUUUUUUCACAGCUGUAAAUAUCAAGCGCCAGACACCAUAUGAUUUCCUGCUGGAUUGUAGUAAGCCAUACUUCAUUAUGCCAACAGUACUAGUCUUGAGGUACCUCUUUCAGUAAGUUUUUAAUGGUACUAGUUUUGAGGUACGUCUUUCAGUAAGUUUUUAAUGGUACUAGUUUUGAGGUACGUCUUUCAGUAAGUUUUUAAAAGGUGGAUUCAUUGAUUUAUUUCAAGAUUUAUUAGUUGCAUUGUUAAACUGCAGAAUUCAUUGUUGAACAUUAAGAUUUAUUGUCGAACUGUAGGAUCCUUUGUGUAACUGAUGGAUGCUUUAGUCAGACACUGGAAAGAUUUUGCCUAAUUCAUCUGUUGAUUUAAAAACUAUGUAAAUUUGUAUUAUUUCUGACUUCCACAGCUUGGGACCCAUCAGCAAGCUCCUGAGAAGCUUUGACAUCCCUAAAGAUGACACUGUGUUGUUGAAAGAGGAGAACAUCUUUACGCUGGUCCUACCUUUGCUGCUGUACAUCUUUGCAUGGGUCAUCUCUUAUCUCCACUCAUUCUUGGCUCUCAAUUUGUUGAAAAUGUUUAGUUAUUUGGGGUUUAUCUUGGCUCUGUAAGUUGUGUGUUUCAGUUUAAUCCAACCAUUUCAUUUCUUGUUUACAUUAGUAGACAAACCUAUGAAAUUAAAUAUUGGUAAUAAUUAAGAAAAAAAAUGUAAUUCAUUAAAAAGAGAUUUUUUUUUUUUAAAGUUAUUUCAUCAAGAUGUGAAAGAAUUUCUUUAAAAUGCCUGUGUUGACUUGGUCGUUAUGACCAAAUAGCAUGGAUUAGCCUCUUUUUUAAUGAAGCAGGUACAUUAUAUUUGAUUGGUUACAAUUUCCAGGGUGCCCAACAUUCUCACUCAAAGAGCUGGCCUGCUUCAGGCACUGGCCAGUGCUGCUGCUAUAUCCUUGACAUUCCUGUGCGGAACUCUGGGGCUGUUAUUGACAUCCGCACUGCUUAUAACAAAGGUGAUACUUUUAAUAACCUGAUGAACUGACCAACCUUUUGGGCUGUGUGUUGGUACAUUUCUCAGUUACUCAUAAAUCCACUGUUUGGAGAUAACUCCAUCGCAUUAGGGAUAUUAACUUUCAAGGAGUCACUUUAAGAAGUCCAUUAUUAUUUAAUGGGGUUUGUAUCAAGCUAUAAAAAGCUAACAUUUAUCAUUUUCAGAAUGUGAGGGGGGAAAAGUUACAAUUAUCAGUGUGCCACUGUCGCAAUCUGAGAAUGAUUGUGGUUUCUUUCAUCAAAUUCUUUUACACGUUCAUACGUUGUAAUCACACCAAACUGAACACAUGUCCCUUUUCCAAUAGCAGUGUAAACUUUAAUCCAGAAAGAUAUCUAUCAGGCUGUAGAAUGAAUUAAAUCUACAGCGCAGCUUGCUAUAAGUAGAAAGAUAAGGUACAACCUUUGUCCACAAUGUUUUCACACCAACUGUUAAAACGAAUAGCAUGUAUGCCUAAGACAGACUAUAGACACUCUGUCAUGACUGCAAUACAAAACAGUCACCAUACAUCACAAGCCUAAUGGCACCAAAAGCAUUAAUUAACUAAACUUACAGAAGACACGCCGGGCCGAAUAACACACAAUAUCGGUGCGCAGCGGUUACUAGUGAAUACCCAAACUUGACAGACACCUGUUAAAGUUUCGGCACUGUGCACAAAAAAGGAAAUAUUUUUACUUUUAUCUUUACCCGACGAUAUAAGACUGCAUCUAAAAAAGCAACAAGCACCUCCUUCAUUAACCAACAUCUUUUUGUUUAUGUUCCAGACUAUAAGUCUACUGUAUGAGAUCCGCCGUAAGAUGGACACUCAGAUCACACACAACAGACUGUCUCUCAUCUUCCCCGUAAUGCUGUUGGUCAACCUUCAAACCAUGCUCAGUCUAAGCCCAUUGGUUAUUUGGAUGAAAUUUACUGCCAGGUAAACAUGAAAUGUCGGUCGCCACAUACGUCUAGCUAUAGAUAGUUUAAAUUAAAAGUCAGCACAAUAAGCCUUACAAAAAAAAAAUUCACAACAUGGUCUUCACCAUCAGACUGAAUCAUAUAACUUUACUACAUGACUGGCAAGGGUAGUUAUAAUAUAUUAAAAUAAAUCAAAUGAUUAAAGAAGCCUAAUAAAUUUGUUCACCAUGUCACAUUUUUUUAAAGCAGUUCAGUUUGAAUUAGGUCAUCUUAAAGUAACCUUUUGUCCGCUGUUUGUCCAGCUAUUCCUGGUUGUAUCACCUGAGCGCAGACCCCAGUCAACUGCCAUCCCUUGUGGUGUGUGUGUGUAUAGCGGUGAUUCUGUUUAGUGACCACGUCAUUCCCAUCAGGUUGGUUUAUUAAAACUCUGCCAAUGUCUCUCUGUCGGUCUCUAUGCAUUUAGUGUCACUAUGUCAGUACAUCAGUAUCAUUAUAUCCAAGCAUUAAUUUUACAAUGUAACGAAAAAAAUCACUACCGGAAUGUCAUUAUGUCAGUCCAUUAAGCUGCAUCAUUUAGGACAUGAUGUUCUCACAGAAGGAUUUCAUUUUCUUCCUCCUAUUAGGGAGAUAUUUUUUUAAAAAUUAUCUCUAAAUCUAACUUGAUUAUCAAACUGUAUGACUAGUCUUCUGAUCUCUCUUGCCAGGUUCCAGAGUGAUGUCCAAGGCUGGUCAGUAUUCAUCCUGGCUGUGCUGUCCAUCUUGUAUGCCAUGGUCUCCAUGUAUCGACUCCCUUACUUCAUUGCUACAGCCAUUCUAAUCAUUACACUACCCUACAUCGCCGCAUUACCCUCACAACUAAGACAGACAAGUAGAUCCAAGGGAGAAUAAUAACCUGCACCUUACAUCACAGCAUUACCUUGACAAAUACAGCCUAGGCGGGAUAGCUUUUCAACAAAUGCUUUGUUUCACUUGUAGACUUCUGUCACAUCCAAUUUCUUAACUUCUUGACACUUUUUUUAAGGGUUACAGAAGUUGUUGUUUUUUUUUGUUAAAUGAAUAUUUUUGCGGUCUGGCUGUAUUAUUUAAGCACAAAUUUUUUUUUUUGCACAAUUGAAUGAGGUAUGACAUUUUUGUCUGUUUGAUGUGACUUGUCUGUUAAUUGAAUUGAAUUUGAGCUGCAUUUAUGUUAUGUGUCUGGAGAGAUUCCACUUUGUAUAGCCGUGAUUUACAUGGCAACCCUAUUUUAGCUUUGUUGAUGUAACUAUUGGUUUAUAUCAUCUUGCACUGGACACGUGUGACAAGUGGACAGCAUCUAGGUCAGUGCCUGUCAUUGGUGCUACACAAAAGGUCAAAUAGUUAAACAGAUCAGAAGAGAACAAUAACCAAUCGAUCGGUCACUGCUUCCUGCUGUAACAAUGCCGAUACAUUCUUCUUGUCAUGCACCUAUGUCUUUAUUACUGUGUUGAAUACAUACAUUAAAAUGCUGUUGUAGCUGAUGUAGUGAUGUGUGUCAUAGCAUUCAAUAUUCCACCCUGUGUUGACUUUCAAGUCAAACAGUUCACAACAAGACUGAAGGAAGUUUUUGUUUACGUACGUAUAAGUACAACAGUUAUUAUAAAUCUAAUUGAUUCGCCAAACAUCUGUUCAUAGUCAGUAUUGGAAGAUGAACGAUAACUGCUGAAAUGUUCCGUUACGCUGCUUAAAUUUUGGUCUCACUGCUAAUAGGAUGCUACACAACUUAAGGUCUACAUUUAGAAGGAAGCAUAUCAAUAAUUUAAUUUUAAAUAAAACCAUUUUUAUUUUCAAAA